GUAAAAGCAGAGGCUCAUUCAUAUUUAUAAUUAGAAGACCAAUAAAAAUGCACCAAACUCAUGACAGUCAGUACAUAUUGUGUGACCAUUGGCACAUCAUAGAAAACCCGUAUCACUACAUAUGUUGGAUGUUACUCCAUUGUGAAGCACUCAAGCCGAAACCUAGAAUUAUGACAGAAACCGUUCAUGUUCUCAGCUACAAGAAGCUUGAAGGCAAAGUAGCCAUAAUCACAGGUGGUGCAAGCGGAAUAGGCGAGGCCACUGCUCGCCUCUUCGCUCAACACGGGGCACGAGCCAUUGUAAUCGCCGACAUUCAAGAUGCACUAGGCCAGAGCGUAGCCAAAUCCAUUGGUCACGGACAAUGCACGUACAUGCAUUGUGACGUGACCGAUGAAUUCCAAGUGAAGUCCCUGAUAGACUCCACAGUUGAAACUUUCGGGAGCCUUGAUAUUAUGUUUAGCAAUGCAGGAGUUGGGAGAAUAGGGGCCUCGCGUCAAGGCAUUCUUGACUUAAGCCUCGAGGCCAGUGAGAAGCUCUUUGCAAUCAACACGCGUGGCAUGGCCGCUUGUGUGAAGCACUCAGCCCGCGCCAUGGUGGAAGGGAGAGUGAAAGGAGGGUGCAUUGUGUGCACCGGGAGCCUGAUAGGCUCUGUGGGGAUGGAGGAGUUUAUUGACUAUGUUAUGUCGAAGCACGCGGUGUUGGGGCUAGUAAGGUGUGCGAGUAAAGGGCUGGGGGAGUAUGGGAUACGCGUCAACUGUGUAUCUCCGGGGGGUGUGGUGACUCCGAUGACCUGCAAGGAAGUGAAGUUCGGAGGGAAAGAGUGUGAGAAGUUUUUUGAGGGUAUUAUGGGCUUGAAAGGUUUGGGAGCAAUGAAAGCAAAGGAUGUAGCAAAUGCUGUUUUAUUUUUGGCUUGUCCAGAUUCUCAGUUUAUUACUGGACAAAAUUUGAUUGUGGAUGGAGGAACCAAGCUUUAGGUUCUUUAUUUCGUUUGGUACAUUUUACGUGGACAAAUGACGGCCGAAUGAUGAAGUUUCUGCUUGAGUCAAUGUAUGCAUUCUACGUGUAUUUAUAUGAAUAAUGUAUUUACUUGUUCGUGGAUGAAUGACGACCAAACGAUGGAGUUCCUGCUUGAGUCCAAAUGCAUUUUACGUGCAUUUUAUAUAAUAUGAAUAAUGUAUUUAUUUGUUCGUUUUAUUAAUAUUUGUAA